CCCGGCGCCGCUGCAGAGGCGCGGGCUGCGCGGGCACCAUGAGACCCGAGGCGGCGGCCGGAGCCCGGGAGGCGCGGGGGCGCGCCUGUCACUGCCCCGCGGACGGUCCCCGGAGCCCCGAGAGAACCCCGUGGAGUCCUCUCCGCAGGGUCCGGAUCCUUCAGGCCCAGAGGGGGUGCGGUUGAAAUUCACGAGCAACAAAGUAGCCAGCUGCAGCCGGGGAAUCAGUUGAAGAAUCUAGGCAGGCUGGGAGAGAAAUCCCUCAACUACUGCGACCCCUGAUAAUUGCAUCAGAUUUGGGACUUCUCAAAGCCCAGGGAAGGCGGAAGACUGAGAAAGUGGCAGGAGGAAAAAAAAACACAAGUGGCACCAGCUUAUCCACAGAUAGAACUUCCUGAGGUCUCCAGUGACUCUUUCUCAGGCAAACAUUGGAAUUGAUAAGAAUUUAACUCUCAUGAUAUGAUUCUAAAAGACACCAGAAAAUGCUGGGGUUCACCUCUGGUCCCUGCCUUUCCAGCCCCACACCGUGGAGACCUUGGAUCCUGACACCCCAAGAAGCUGAGCUGACCAGAUCUGGAAGCCCGCUCCACCCUGGAGGUGACCGAGAAAGUCCUGGAUCGAAGGGGGCCUUUGGGUUUCAGCAUCCUGUAAGACUUUAUUUACCCAUUUCAAAGCGCCAAGAAUAUCUGCAGAGUUCUGGGGAAAAAGUGCUGGCCAGUUUCCCAGUGCAAGCCACAAUUCACUUCUACAACGAUGAAUCGGAUCCAGACGAUGAAGAACAAGAAGAAGAGACCCAGUCUUUGAAACUUCAGUGCCAGGAGGCAGAAGGUCGGGUGGAGAAUGGCCCAGGAGGGAAGGGCAGAGGCCAGCUGACAAACCCGGGCUGGAGAUCUGAAGGACGCAGUGGCCUUGAUGGUAAGGGUCCACUCCCUCAUGGUGACUCUCUGGGGGGGCACUGAGCAUUCUUUGCCCAAAUAAAUGGGGUGUCUCUCCGACACCAGACGUGGCUCACAUCCACCCUUGGAGACAGCUCAGCCAAGACACCUUGCACUCCCCUCCUGUACAGGGGUCUCUGGCCAGCAUUGCACUCGCAGCAAGAACUUAGCUUGUUAAGCUUGCUUCUCCUGGUGAUUCUCUUCAGGGCGCUCAUGCAUACCAUCGAGGAGGGAUUCUAGGACCAGGAGGUUUGUGUUGACAUGGGUUGUUAUCCGACGGGACCAACUUUCAGAGCACGUUCACUAUGGUCGCUCUGCCAUCAUAUGACAGAUUAUUCCAAUGUGAAUUAAAUAACCCACCCCUGCCUCUCACUUACCCUCAGACUCAUUAUUUAGGUAUUUCUAUUUUUGUAAAAAAUGACUACAUCAUUUUUUUUUACAUCAUUUUACCAACACAAAUGAUGUGUUUGUUUAGUGGCAUUUUGAAAAUACUUAUGAAGAAUAAACAAAAUGGAAUAAUUCCCAUGAGUAACAGAAACUUUAAAUAAUUAAGUUUUAGGGCACAAUUCUGGUUAAAAGUUUAUGAUUUUCAUCUAAGGACUGGAUGUAGGAAGAUAGAAAAGAGCUUUAACUCUUAGUUGGGGACUGGGUUGGGCUUAUUACUUGAAUAAAAUAACACUGUUUUUAAUCAAAUGAUCUAAUAUAAAAUUAUUUUCACUUUUUUUAUAUUUUGAUGAUCAAAUGAUUAUGUUCCACAAGUUUAUUACUUAACUAUCUUACAUGUGAUUGUCUUCUUCUCUAUAGUACAUUAUAUAAGUUUAUACUUGAAAUAAAUAUUUUGAAAAACAAAA